GUGAACCUACAGUCAUUCCGUACGUUUCAUUGUGUUACUGGCUUAAUACGAAUCCUCCCUUCUUCAGGUAGUGAAGUACCGUUGGCUGGACUAAGUUUAACGCCAGUCAGGCUAAAGCAUCAGGAGCGUCAGGUGCAUGAACUCUGGCGUUGCCUCAUUCCUAAAAAAAAAUAAAUUCCCUCCAAGAAUUUACCGGAGACUUCUCAAAUUUAAACCAAGAAUAGUAAAAUGCGACUUCUGCAAAGUGCAAUAGUUUUCAUACUAUUGGGUGCUGUGAUUUCUGAUAAAAAUGAUGAUGUCGAUAUAUCCAGUGUCUUCAUGGAAGCAGCGAGCACUUUCUUCUCCGACGAUUCGUCUGGUGCCAACAAAUUCGCCGAUGGCGAUGAUGACAGAAAAGCCGGAGCAGGUAGCGGUCUAGGUCAGGUGCUGUCGGGUCUCGGGAACCUGAUGGCAAGUGCCUCCAGCGGCCAGAACAAAGGUAAUGAUCAAGGUGGAAUGGACCUCUCCAUGCUGGGUCCACUCCUGCAGAUGGUUGCCACAGCCUCCGGUGGUGGUCAAAAAUCGAAUCACGAAACUGAGAGAUCCAAAGGUUCAGGCUUUGAUUUUGAGAGCAUGAUCAAUCUCGCGGGCAUGUUCAUGGGUGCUAACAACAACAACAACAACAACAACAUGGGUGGACUGAUGGGUCUUCUACCAAUGAUUCUGGAUAACAUCAAUGGCGGGUCACAGGGUGGACGCAGCCAUGAUCAUUCUGGACACUCCUGGUACAUGCCACCGGUUCUGGAGAAUAUUCAUGUCAUGUGGGAUCACUUCAUCAAUUCGGAGCUUGGGCAGACCCUCUGGAAGAACAGCGGUCUAGCCAAUAUCGUUGGAUCGAUGACCGAUGAGACUGGACAAAUCAGGUAUGGAGAUAUAUUGGAGAGCUUUGAGAACCCGAGCAUCAGACGCCGAUGGCUGAGAUCCUUAACCAAUUUCGUUGCUGAGUGGAUCUCUCAUAUUUCCGAUCCAACGAUUCAGCAGCGAUAUUUGACAACCGCUCAAUUUGUGGGGAACAGCUUCUUGAAGUCACAGGGAUUUCCCAAAUCAGCUUUAUUCGAUCCAGCGCGACCAGCAGAAAGUCUCACGAGAUUGGUAAAUGCCGGAGCGACGAAAUAUCUUAACAUGAACCUGGACAGUGCAACCUACAUAAAACCAGCAAUGGCAUACCUUCAAGAGCUCAUCCGAUUAGCUUCUGAGAAAGGGUUCAUCAUGUCGCGAGUAAAUGCUAAUGAGCUCAGUAAUCGUCUCAGUGAGACCAUAAACAAUGACUUUAUUGCUCCCCUCCUGAAGACAUACCGGGCUUACAAAUGGGCAUUAAAAUCACCCCAAUGCGCAACUCACAUCUUCUGCGUGAUCAACCAGAAUGUAAAUGAUGAGAGUCGAGAGGUUGCACUGAGAAGUGCUCUCAUUAAACUCAGUAGUUAUCCAGCAGCCUGGACCUUGAGCACUAAAACAUACGUCAACUUUUGGACACUUUAUGGCGCCAUCCAAGAGGGCGACGAAUGCUUCAAUAAAUUCCCAGUCGACUGCAACGAUUUCCACGAAGAGGAGAUUCGAGUGACAACAGAAGCGAUUCACAACGAACUGUAAAAUCACACGUCCCGACGUUUCAUAGACAUUUAAAUUGAACUAAAUUAAUUCCAACAGACGCAUCAAGAUGAUUUCAGAAGAUCGGCCAUCUCGUGUACACAUGUUAGAUUAUUAAGAAAAAAAUUCAAGUGAAAGAUGAGAAAAACAAGUCGAAGAUUGAUCUGAAUUUAAUGGAUGUUGGGAUAAUAUUACACUUGCAUUUCAAAAGAUUCAUUGAGAAUCGAUUUGAAUCGAGUGAAUCUGACUUCAGGAUCGUAGGUAAAUAUAUCUAGAUGAAUGCCUCAACUUCGGUGCAAUAAUUAUUUAGUAUGUUGUGGUCAUCGUCAUUCAUAUUUACAUUAUAUUCAUAAUUGUCUUGUAAAUAUUAGAUAGAAUUCGAAAUGAAUUGUGUAAAAUGUACAAAAUUAAUCAGAUUUUCGUAUCCGUUGGUUGAAUCCUUAACUGAAUUCAGUUCUAUAUUUGGUAUUACUUUUUUUUAAUGCUCUUGCAGGCCCAUUCGAGUCCCUCCUGCAAUGAUUGUUGAUAUAAAUUUAUUAAGUGAUGAAUAAAUCAUUGUAAACAUCA